AUGGCGCCGCCCGCGGGGCAGCGGUCGAUAAACGCGUUCUUCAAGGCGCCGGCGAUCGCCACGAGCGUAUUCCGGAAGCCCGCGCGCGCGGAUCCUCCCGAAACCGAGGAGGUCGAAACCGAGAGCGUCCCCGACCGCGCGGACGUCGUCGCGGAGGAAGCCUCGCGCGGGGGCGCGGACUGGCAUCUCGGCGGUGAGCGGCGACCCGUGGCGACGUACGGGCGCAGGAGACGCGGGGAAGCCCGCCGCGCCGGGGCCGCGCCCUCGAAGGAUGACGCCGGGCAGGCUGACGAUGCGCCGUCCACGAGCGGCGCGCGAUCCGACCCGGUCGACGCCAAGCGCGCGAGAACCGAAGUCGCGACGACGCUGCGCGACGGGUCCUCGAGGGCCAACUCGCGGGCCGCCGCCCCCGGAAUGAAGCAGCUCUUCCUCGAUCUCGGGCAGAAGAACUUCGGACACCGCAAGUGCCCCGAGUGCGGCCUGCUGUACGCCGUCGGCGAGCCCGAGGAUGAGCGAACGCACGCCAAGUUCCACGCCGAGGCGACGGGGCGAGUUUUGUCAGGGGGUUCAGCGGGGGGAUCGUCGCAAAGUCCGGGGUGCGUCGGCGUGCCCUGCCCGAAGACCUGGCGCGACGCCGCGGCGUGGACGUGCGAACACGAUCCGUCGGGUCGGUUCGUGGCGCACAUCCGGCCCGACGACCACAGGGCGCGUUGGGGAAAGGCGACGGAGUUGGCCAAGUUUGUCGGCGACGAGCUCGGCGCUCCACACGGGUGGGUCCUCGGAGAAGACGCGGAGACGCGCGGCACCGCGGCGUUCGCGUACGUCCUCAGGGAUAGGAUCGUGGGGGCCGUGUUCGCGGAGCCCGUGCGCAGGGCGUAUCGCACCAUCCCCGACGACGGGGGCGAAACGGGCGGUGAGUCCCUGCCCGGUGAGUCACCGCCCGGUGAGUCACCGGGUUCCCGCCCGGCGGCCCACUACGGCGGCAAAGUUCUCCGCCGCCGCGCCGCCCCGACCCGCGCGGUCAUGGGUAUCCGCGCGGCGUGGGUCCACCCCGCGCACCGGCGGCGCGGCAUCGCGACGACGUUGCUUCGCGUCGCGAGGGAGCGUUUGGUGCCGGGGUACGCGUGCGACGAAAAGGAGGUUGCGUGGACGCAGCCGACGGAGGAUGGCGCGUCGCUCGCGGCGGCGACGUGCGGGCUCGGGGACGGGACGUUCCUGGUGUACUGA